UGGCGAACUGGGAAGAUCGGUCCCGCCCACUCCUGGGAAGCUCUCCAGUGCGCAUGCGCAUCGCUCAGCUUUCCCUGCGCCCCAAACAUGGCCGAGCUGCUGCGGCCAAGAUGCUGAGAUUUUCCGCUAGAAGAGAGGAAAGAACGCAGCCAUGGCUAGGCUGGCCGACUACUUCAUUGUGGUGGGCUACGACCAUGAGAAGACGGGCACAGAAGGAUUCGGCAAAAUAAUCCAGAGGUUUCCUAUGACAGAUUGGAGCGACACUCCCUUCCCCCAAGGAAUAGAACUGUUUUGUCAACCAGGAGGGUGGCAGCUUUCUCGAGAGCGGAAACAGCCGACGUUCUUCGUUGUUGUCUUAACGGAUAUUGACUCUGAUCGACACUACUGCGCCUGCCUGACUUUCUAUGAGGCUGAAAUCGACUUACAGGGAACCAAACGGGAGCACAGCGAAACGGAGGAGGAGGAUUCGGGACUGAUCCAGCCUGCCCAAGUGUUUGCCCCUAAGAGCCUGGUGUUGGUUUCAAGACUAGACUAUCCUGAAAUUUUCCGGGCGUGCCUUGGCUUGAUCUACACCGUUCAUGUAGACAGUCUGAACGUGUCUCUCGAGAACCUGGUGUCCAACCUCGUGACGUGCAUUGUGCCAUCUGCCGGCGGCUCCCAGAAACUGUUCUCCUUGGGCGCUGGGGACCGGCAGCUGAUCCAAACGCCUCUCCAUGACAGUCUACCUGUCACCGGAACCAGUGUGGCACUCCUGUUCAGACAGUUAGGUAUCCAGAAUGUGCUGAGUCUUUUCUGUGCCAUGCUGACGGAAAAUAAAGUUCUGUUCCACUCGUCCAGUUUCCAGCGUCUCAGUGAUGCCUGUCGGGCCCUGGAGGCUCUCAUCUACCCCCUGAAAUACAGUUACCCGUACAUUCCAAUCCUGCCUGCCCAGUUGCUCGAGGUGCUCAGCUCCCCCACUCCCUUUAUCAUUGGGGUCCAUUCUGUCUUCUGCUCGGAAAUUCACGACCUGUUGGACGUCAUUGUUGCAGAUUUGGAUGGCGGAACCAUUCAAAUUCCAGAAUGUAUCCAUCUGUCCCAGAUCCCGGAACCUCUGCUCCACCAGACCCAAGCUGCUCUCUCACGCGUGCUGCAUCCUGACUUGGAAGCUGCUGAUUAUGCAUUUGCCCCGUCGCGCUCCCCGUUACCGCACAUGAAGCUGCUGGAUAAAGAAGUGCGAGCUGUUUUUCUGAGGUUGUUUGCCCAGAUAUUCCAGGGGUACCGGUCCUGUCUCCAGCUCAUCAGGAUCCAUGCAGAACCUGUCAUCCACUUCCACAAGGCCGCCUUCCUAGGGCAGCGGGGUCUGAUCGAGAAUGAUUUCCUGACCAAAGUUCUGAACGGAAUGGCAUUCGCUGGCUUCGUGUCGGAGAGGGGGCCUCCAUACCGAUCAUGUGAUCUCUUUGACGAGCUAGUUUCCUCUGAGGUCGAGCGAAUCAAAGAUGAUGAGCAGAGCGAUAUGUGCAAGAUUCUGAAACACAUCCGGGAGCUUGCUGAGCAACUCUUCAAAAAUGAAAACCCAAACCCCCACAUGGCAUUCCAGAAAGUCCCUAAACCCACGGAAGGUUCGCAUCUCCGAGUCCAUAUUCUUCCCUUUCCCUUAAUGAAUGACCUCAAAGUGCAGGAGCUGAUCCAGGAAGGACUUAAUAAGAACCAGAAUGCCAUCCUGUCGCCCCGGGCAGAAAAGAAAUGUGUGGUGCCGGCAGGAUCACCUGUAGUUUCAAUAGUGGACAAGACAAGCUCAGUGUUUAACAGCGCACGGAGACUAGAAGUCGUCCGCAACUGCAUCCUGCACAUAUUUGAAAAUAAAACUCUGGAAACUGAAAAGACCCUGCCGGCUGCACUGCGGGCGCUGAAAGGAAAAGCCGCCAGACAGUGUUUGACAGAAGAGCUGGCUCUCCAUGUUCAGCAGAACCGCGCCAUGCUCAACCACCAGCAGUUCGACUACAUUGUGCGGAUAAUGAACUGCGCCCUACAGGACUGCUCGGCUUCCGAAGAAUACGCCAUCGCUGCUCAGCUGCUCCCUCUGGCGACGGCGUUUUGCAGGAAACUGUCAGCAGGCGUCAGCCAGUUUGCCUACACCUGUGUCCAAGACCACGCAGUAUGGGCCAAUCAGCAGUUUUGGGAAACCACAUUUUAUAAUGACGUGCAGAACCAAGUGCGUUCACUCUAUUUGACCACUAAAAACAGCAAUCAAGGAACGUCUGAGCCCAAGGAAAAUGGUGUUGAAUCUGGAAACCCAGAGAGAACGGUUAUGGACCUGGCGGCGGAGCAGUUACGCCUGUGGCCAUCGCUCAGCAAGGAGACCCAGCAGGAGCUGAUCCAGAGCGAGGAGAGCACAGUGUUCAGCCAAGCCAUUCAUUUUGCCAACCUCAUGGUGUAUCUACUGGUACCGCUGGACACCAGCAAGAACAAACUGCUACGCACCUCCGCUACAGGCGACUGGGAGAGUGGCAGCAACAGCAUUGUAACCAAUAGCAUUGCAGGGAGCGUUGCUGAGAGCUACGACACGGAAAGUGGGUUUGAGGAUUCGGAGAACGACAUUGCGAAUUCUGUGGUGCGAUUCAUCGCCCGCUUCAUUGACAAAGUGUGCACUGAAAGCAGCGUAACGCAGGACCACAUCAAGAGCCUGCACUGCAUGAUCCCUGGGAUUGUGGCGAUGCAUAUUGAAACCCUGGAGGCUGUACACAGAGAAAGCAGAAGGCUCCCCCCUAUUAAGAAGCCUAAAAUCAUGAGACCAGCCUUGCUUCCCGGGGAAGAGUUUGUGUGCGAGGCUUUGCGGGUACUUCUGGACCCCGAUGGCAGGGAAGAAGCGACCGGAGGAAUGCUUGGAGGACCUCACAUUCUGCCAGCAGAGGGGGCGCUGUUCCUUACAACAUACAGGAUCAUAUUUAAAGGCACGCCCCAUGAUGCGCUAGUGGGAGAACAGACCGUUGUCCGCAGCGUUCCCAUUGCUUCAAUAACGCGAGAGAAGAAGAUAAACGUCCAGAACCAGCUCCAUCAGAACAUGCAGGAAGGGCUGCAGAUCCGAUCUGCCACAUUCCAGUUAAUGAAAGUGGCGUUUGAUGAAGAGGUGAGCCCAGAAAUGGUGGAUUUGUUCAAAAAGCAACUGAUGAAGUUCCGCUACCCGCUCUCUAUCUUCAGCGCCUUUGCUUUCGCCGCAGGCCAGACGGCUCCUCCUAUAAUCUUGCCCAAGCAAAAAGAAAAGAACACUUCCUUCCGAACAAUCUCAAAAACAAUUGUAAAAGGAGCCAAACGGGCUGGAAAGAUGACUAUCGGACGCCAGUAUGCUGCUAAAAAGAAGACUGGCACAAUAUUGGAGGAGAGGGGGAGUCGUUCUGGUGGCAAUGAGGAUGAUGACAUAUCAGUUUCAGAUGAUAACGAGCUGCCAAGUGGAACAUUAAAAGCCUCAGAAAAGUCCACAAUGGAGCAGCUGGUGGAAAGGGCCUGCUUCCGGGACUAUCAGCGACUGGCCCUGGGGACCAUUAGCAACAGCUCCACCCGCUUCAAGUCGGAGCAUUUCCGGGUCACUGCUCUCAACAGGAUGUAUUCACUAUGCAGAAGUUACCCAGGGCUGUUGGUAGUCCCUCAGUCUGUGCAGGACAGCAGCUUGCAGAAGGUCGCUCGAUGUUACCGUCAUAACAGACUUCCCGUUGUCUCUUGGAAAAACUCCAAAACCAACGCUGUGCUUCUCCGCGCCGGGGGCUUUCAUGGAAAGACGGUGGUCGGGCUCUUUAAAUCUCAAAACACACAUACAGCUGCACCAGCCUCUUCUUUAGAGUCUUCCAGCAGUAUCGAGCAGGAGAAGUAUCUACAGGCCUUACUCAAUGCUAUCUCUGUCCACUACAAAAUGAAUGGAAAUGGUACUCUUACUGUUAGACCAACGCUCGCUCUGUCACCAGGCAGUGACCGAAAGGCUUCCAGAAUGUCCAGUGUGGUUAAACAUGUUGUCCCUAGUCACAUGGAUGGCAGUCUGUCCCAUAGCUUUGCACGCGGAGGUGUAUGGGCGAGUCUACGCUCAAGCAAUCGCUUAAUCACCACUCAGACACCCCUUAUUGAUGUUGGAGCGCGUCUCGUGGGUAAGGACCCACCUACUACCUACACUGACCAUUCUGCCCUGCAAAGCCAACUACUCAAGCGCCAAGCUGCGCUCUACAUAUUUGGCGAGAAAUCUCAGUUAAGGGGAUUCAAGUUUGACUUUGCUCUUAACUGUGAAUUUGUCCCAGUGGAGUUCGGGGACCUACGGCAAGUCAAGACUAGUUUUAAAAAGCUGAUGCGAGCCUGUGUCCCCAGCAGCAUCCCUACAGAUUCAGAUUCAACAUUCCUGAAGGCUGUGGGAGAAUCAGAAUGGUUCUUACAGAUUCACAGGAUAAUCCAGCUGUCUGUCAUCAUAUCAGAGCUAAUGGAAAGUGGUUCCUCGGUACUGAUUUGCUUAGAGGAUGGAUGGGAUAUCACUACUCAGGUUGUCUCUCUGGUACAAAUCCUGGGAGAUCCUUUCUACAGGACUCUUGAAGGUUUCCGCAUGUUGAUUGAGAAGGAAUGGUUGUCGUUUGGCCAUAAAUUCAGCCAGCGCAGUAAUCUGUCGUCCAGCAGCCAAGGAACCGGAUUUGUACCCAUCUUUCUGCAGUUUUUGGAUUGUGUCCAUCAGAUACAUAAUCAGUACCCAACAGAGUUUGAGUUCAAUCGAUACUAUUUGAAGUUCCUGGCAUACCAUCACGUCUCCAACCGCUUCAAGACCUUCCUGCUGGACUCCGACUACGAGAGAUUGGAACAUGGGACACUGUUUGAAGACAAAGGUGAUAAACACUCAAGAAGGGGCAUUUGUAUCUGGGAGUACAUUGAGCGGAUACACAAGAAAAAAACAGUUUUCUUCAAUUACCUGUAUGCUCCAACUGAAUUAGAGGCGCUGAAGCCAAGUGCCAACAUCUCAACCCUGAGAAAGUGGGAAUACUACAAGGAGGAGACAUUGGCAUCAGGUCCCUCCUAUGACUGGAUCAUAACCCCUUCCAGAUUCAACACUUCAGAUGAGACCGACUCAGGAGAAGAGGCCCAGCAGCAAGGGAAGAGGAAAGUUGUUUGGCCAUGUUAUGAUGAUGUCCAAAAAGUACAGCCUGAUGCCAUCACUCACCUUAUGAAUGAGAUUGAGAGGUUGGAAAGCAAGUUAAACCAGACCUCAGAGAGGUGGCAGCUUCUGUGGGAGAGGGCCAAAGUCAAGCUCAAGGAGAACGCAAAGAAAGAGAACAGCAAUCCAGCAAGCCUCGUCUCAGCCAAUUUGCAGUCCUACCAGAAGAGAUCAAUGGUGCAUCUUCCUGAUAGCGGCCUGGGAGACGAACAGAACCCCAACGCUUCUCCUUCCAAUGGAGUCGACAGAAGAACUGCAACACUGUACAAUCAUUUUACCUCCAAGAACGAGGAGAACAGGUCAUUUGAAGGCAUACUCUACAAAAGAGGAGCUUUGCUAAAGGGCUGGAAGCCUCGUUGGUUUGUACUUGAUAUAACGAAGCAUCAGCUGAGAUACUAUGAUUCAGGGGAAGAUACAAGCUGUAAGGGUUAUAUUGAUCUGGCUGAUGUUGAAACGGUCAUCCCUGCAGCCCCUACUAUAGGAGUGCCAAAACACGCCAAUGAAAAAGCAUUCUUUGAUGUAAAAACCAACAAGCGGGUAUAUAACUUCUGUGCUCAGGAUGCUCAAAGUGCCCAGCUGUGGAUGGACAAGAUACAGAGCUGUAUAUCUGAUGCCUAAAAACAAAGAAAAUCUAAGGAAAAGCCGAAGAGAAAAAGAUGGCACUCAUCAUGGCCUUUGUGAGCUUAAUACCCCAUCAGUUAUGGUGGUUUGUAUUUACCCACCUGAAGGAAUGGGGUAUGAAGGAAUCAGCCGUGCCUAGCUAAACAAUUUUCUAUUUGACAGUGGCAGCACAGGGAAGCUUUAUACGGCUUCAUAUAUGAGUAUUAUUGCGUUGAUGUAAAAGCACACAAUGGUAGAAUCUGGAACCUUCCCAUUUUAUUACCAAGAGAGAUGCAGCUAAACUGGACCUGUGACGUUUACAUCUUAACUUUUUCUGGUUCUGCCAGUUUGGCUUCAUUGGGUUAUGACACCUUCAAGGUCAUUUCAGGAAGGAUACAUGUAUAUAUAAAAUAGUUUGUGUUUACAUAACAAAUUGAAAUUAGAUAUAUGAAUGAAUUACUGCAGGUAGCCUGGGUUUGGGUCUAGCGUAAGUGCAGUGGGUUAAAAUGGUUUUGACGUGCUUAGAACUGGAAGAUUGCCGUGCUGGAAUUGCCUCUCUUCAAAGCUAAGGAAGUGCCAAGUGCUCAGCAUAAUGUAUGGUGGAGAAGUUAGGCAUCCGUUCCAUUUUAGCCGGCCUCUCAUCUCAAAGUGGGGUGGAGAAUUCAAACAGCCACCAUAUGGUGGAGAACGUGGCAGCUGGUAUUUGGUGGAGAAUGUGGACAUCCGGCAUAUGGUGUGGAAUGUGGACAUCCGGCAUAUGGUGUGGAAUGUGGACAUCCGGCAUAUGGUGGAGAAUGUGGACAUCCGGCAUAUGGUGGAGAAUGUGGACAUCCGGCACAUGGUGGAGAAUGUGGACAUCCGGCAUAUGGUGGAGAAUGUGGAUAUCCGGCAUAUGGUGGAGAAUGCGGACAGCCAGAAUAUGGAGGAGAAUGUAGACGGCUCGCAUUUGGAGGAGAAUGUGACCACCCGUUCCAGUAAAGACAACCUCUCAGCUUUCCGUAUGGUGGAGUAAUGUUCACGUCCAUUCCAGUGCAACUGGCCUUUCUAGGUAACUAUUGCACAUGCUUCCUCCUCAGUGUAAAUAACGUAUAAAUGCACUACCCCUUAUAGCAAGCACUUGCACUUAUUCCGAUGAUGUCCUGAUGAACGUCACCAAGAAGAAACAAAGUACAACACUUGGCAUGUUCAGGAAUUUUAAAAAUAAAAUGUAUCCACUGUGUACAUAAUCUGUUCCCAAUGUGAAGUAAUUUGAUACUUUUAAAAAAAAAAAGAAGCCCCCUUUUAAUACACAAACCUUUUAUUCUGCUUCAUUUUCUUAUUCAAAAAAAGCACUGGGGACGGUCAUGUCCUUCAAAAAACAGACGGCGUCCAUGAUUCCAAAAAAAGGACGUGUCUUUGCCACAACCACUUCUGACAUUGUUUACUGGAAUAUUUAGCUAGUGCUUUGGAUUUUCAAUCUGGUUACCUUAUAUUUCAAGGUUUGUACUGUAUAUAUAAAUAAUUUUUGUAUUUUCGGAUGUUUCCAUUUAAACCUGUAAUUUAAUAUAAACAUGACCCGGGAUUAAAUUAACCAAACUGACCCUGCCUAUUAUCACUUUCUUAAUCACUUUUCCUGAAAGCCACUGUUUUUUUUUCUCCAAAAAGUGCCGAAAACUUGAAAUGCUUUACCCUAUAGGACCAAGAGUUUGGGUUGUUGUUGGUUUUUAUUUUGGUUUUUUUGUUAUUCCAAAAUGGUCUCCACUUUAACAUUUUGUAACACACGGUUUCUAAUUGAAAAAAAAAUGCCCCAUUUUUGCACAUUUGUAUUUUUCUUUGUAUAUGAAGUACCUUUUUAUGUACUUUGUAAUGUACGGAUCCCAUGGCUCAUUAGGUUACUCACUGGGGCAAAUUAGGCAACGGUUUAUUUUUUAACUCGUUUUAACAAUUUUAUGUAUUUGUUAAUGAUGUGUCUGCUAACCAUCUUGUAAUAAAUAUACUGCUAAAGUGCAAACAAAUGACAGUUGCUUAGUGAUACGAAACUGGGAGUUAAUGGGAAGCCACAGAUUUCUAUUCUUUGAAUGGGACACGAAUAAGGAAAAACACGUGGAAGUUGAUUAAAACCACCUGAGAUGUUCAACCUCGGAACUGGUGUGAAGCUGUUUCUAAAUAUGUAACCUUGCAUUUCCCAUAAUAAACAUCACUGUGACUGGUC